AUGGUAACUCUAGCCUUUAAGACAGUGUCUAAAGAAUAUCCAAAUUAUGGAAAGUCAGUGGGACUCCCACUGAAAACUUGGUGGACGAGGAUAAUUCGCCUGACAUUUAAAGACUACGCCAUUACUGACGAGGCUUGCAAUGCAUUGUAUGAACAUUUUAAUACUGCUAAUGCAUACCAUAUAUUUCCAGAUGGCAUGCAACUGAUCAGCAACCUGGGCCCUGCAGGGUUCAAUCUUGGAAUUCUCUCUAACUCGGACCCAAGAAUGAGGGUUGUUCUUGAACGUACUGGGUUUUUGAAAUAUUUAAAGACGGGAAGUGUUUUUUUAUCCUAUGAAACCGGAUUUGAAAAACCGGCUCCAGAGGCAUUUCAUUUGGCUUCUCAGAUUGUGAAUGCAACGGCUCCACAUGCAGGACUGACAGUUGAUCAGAAGUUGAACGCAGGGUCUGACAAGAACCUGCUUUUAUGGCAUGUUGGAGAUGAUGUAGACAAGGAUUAUAAAGGUGCACUUAAUUGUGGCUGGAACUCGAUUUUGGUGGAUAGAAACGCUGAGUUCCUCAAAGAGAAGACCGCUCUUGACUCAUACAAGGAUGCUUCAGGUUAUCACUAUUAUAGUGACAAAACCUUGACUGUGGUCAGUUCUGGCAGUGAGCCAGUCCGUGUAUAUACUUCGGAUAUGUCAAGAAUUGCACAGCUUUUUGAAUAG